CAACAAAAUAGCGCGUGCCGUCACUCUAACCGUCCCAUGGCCUCCUCUCUCCGCCCAAACCUCAUUUCUCCUGCAACUUUCUUCGCUCCAAAGUCUAUCCCUAAUUCCCAUACCAAACCUUCAACCGCUAUUCUCAUACGGUGCGGUCCACGAUCUAACCGUGGUCCUCUCGUCAAAGGUCGUAUCUUAAGCACUGAAGCAAUACUUGCUAUCCAGUCUCUCAAGCGCGCGUAUAAUAAAUCAUCAUCGUCGAACCUCUCGCUGGCAGACCUUCCCAAUCUGUCGCGCCUCCUCAAAGCAGACCUCCUCGCUAUACUCCGAGAACUUCUACGCCAAGAUCUCUGUUCUCUUGCUAUCCACGUCCUCUCCACUCUCCGAACUGAAUAUUCAGGUCUGAUUGACUUGAAUCUCUACGGCGACGUCAUCUCUGCACUCUCCAGAAACAAAGUGUACAACGAAAUCGACCGUUUGAUUGAUGAUUUGGAGAAAGAUGAGGGUGGGAUCCAAUGGGAGAGCGACAAGGGAUUGUUGAGGGUGAUAAGGGGUGUGGUAGAUGCGGGAAGAAGAGAAUCGACGGUCAAGAUAUGUGAGAUGAUGAGGAGAGGUGGAUGUGGGGACACGUGGCCAGCUGAUGAGUAUGUGGUUAAUGUUUUGUGUAAAGGGUUGAGGAGGAUGGGCGAGGUAGAUUUGGCUAAUGAGGUUGAGAAAGAAUUUGGAGGGAUUUUCAAGCCUAAAUUUGAAAAUUUGAGUGUGUAAAAUUUUUUUUUUAAAUAAUUAGUUUAAAUUUUGGCUGAUUUAUUGAAAAAUAAUUAACCGUACUGAAUAAUAAUGUAAUUAUUUUA